UUUAGACUUUGAUCGAGCUGAAGCAGCAGAACUUUCACACUUUCAGCUGAAGGAGGACAAACCGUUCAGAGUAACAAACAAUCAGGAAACAUUACAUUUCAAACAGACAAAAUGGACAUUUUACUCUCUAGACUGCUGUUGAUGGCGCUUGUGUCUUGUGUUUCUUCUGAGGAUAAACUCAACAUGUGUAUGGACGGCAAACACCAGAUAUCAGAACCCCAACCAGAAGGACAACUCUAUCAGCAGUGUGAACCGUGGAGAGAUAGCGCGUGCUGCACAGCGAACACCACAGAGGAAGCCCAUGAGGAUAACUCAUACCUGUACAACUUUAACUGGAAUCACUGCGGCAUCAUGAGUGACAGAUGUAAGAAGCAUUUCAUACAGGACACAUGUUUCUAUGAGUGCUCGCCGCACCUCGGACCCUGGAUACAGCCGGCGGAAGAGUCAUGGCGUAAGGAACGGAUCCUGGAUGUGCCGUUGUGUUUGGAGGACUGUGAGAGCUGGUACGAAGACUGUAAAGAUGAUUUGACCUGCAAAGACAAUUGGCACAAGGGCUGGGACUGGAGCACAGGCACUAAUCAUUGUCCGGAUGACGCUCCCUGCAGUCCGUGGGCCGAUAUAUUCCCGAACGCUCAGAGCAUGUGUGAGAAGAUCUGGUCAAACUCCUACAAGUACACCACCCUCUCCAAAGACAGCGGCCGCUGCAUGCAGAUGUGGUUUCAACCUCCGAACCCCAAUAAGAAAGUGGCUGAAUACUACCUCAGUGGUGAUGCUAAGACGGUCGCCAUGGCAACGGGCCUACACGCGUUUGCAUGUCUCCUGACGCUGCUGCUCUGUAAUCUGCCAGAAUAAUGAAAAUAGAAGAAUUGAGCCCACGAACGGACUUCUUUCUCUUAAUAUUUCUCAAAUCUCAAAAUCAGUGUUUCCACAACAUACUUUACAUUUCCAGCUUUUAUUUGUGAAUAAAUGUGUUUUUAAUGGUCAAACAUGUGGACUGGAGAAAUGUUUAAACCCAUUUAAAUGGAGGAUGAUGCAAACAUAACACAAAACCUCUCUAGUUUCCAAAAGAUGGCAAAAAUGCCCCAAAAGUUCCAGCAGAAUUAAAGAUGAUAUAAUGUCAUAUUUUUUGUGUUUUGAAGCAUUGGUAUAAAUGGUAUUCUUCAUCAGAAUGGUCGAGGUCUUCGUAACUUUUCCUCUUUUUACCAUCUAAAAGUUGGCGGUUUUACAAAAAACGUCACACUUUGUUCCCGGACAAAUUCAUCCGACCAAUGAAAUGUAAGAAUUCAGAAACACAACCCCAAUGAUUAAAAAAAUAAGCUACGCUUUGACAUGCAUAUGUCAUAUGUCCAAAUGUAUAACUUGCGAUAAUAUCUAUAAUUUAAGCUUCAGGAUUGAGUUGCAGACACCGUUCCACAAUAAGGGGAACACUGAGGCCACCUAUAGGCUAUACUUGACAUUGCAAUGAUAUUGUCAAAUGUUUACCAUGUUUUUUCCAGCAGAUGUUCCUCAUGCGACACAUAGCAGUGUUUUAAUACAUGUAUAACUUUGAUUUAUUUUGAAAUGAAGGUAGCAAAUAAUUACUUUUAUAUAUAAUAAGAUGCACCGAUAUGAACAUUUUUGGCCAAUAAAAU